UAAACGCUUCGGAGGCUUUUAACGCGCCAUGCGCAGAGAAGACUGCUGUGACGGCUGCAGUAGUCAUGGAUGCAGGGAUUAGGAUCACAGAGUAGCAGCAAUCGGUGUCAGCUGUGUGCGCGUGAGAGGUGAAGCGCAGAGAGGAGCAAACGACCGUGUCCCCUAGAAAAAGUGAGGCUGCGCGCGGCAUUGCAGCACACCGGUAGCUCCGGCACUGGCGCAGAUGGAUGUCCGGCUCGAGCGUUUUAAAGCAGAGGCGGCUGCAGCGCUCGCGCGGCUACACGGGCUCAUUGAAAAGCAUCAGGAGGAUGGGGAGACCAUCGAGCUGUCGGCGCAGGGCCGUCCGGAGCUGAUGCAGGAGAAGGAGCCGCCCAUGGUGGACUGCACGUGUUUUGGAAUGCCACGCCGCUACAUCAUCGCCAUCCUCUCCGGCCUCGGGUUCUGUAUUUCCUUUGGAAUUCGCUGUAAUCUGGGCGUAGCAGUGGUCAGCAUGGUCAACAACCAUACUGUCUACAUAGGGGACAAGGAGGUCAACGUGAAAGCCCAGUUUAUGUGGGAUCCUCAGACAGUAGGGAUGAUACAUGGUUCUUUUUUCUGGGGUUACAUCAUCACUCAGAUUCCUGGAGGAUUUAUUUGUCAAAAAUUUGCUGCCAACAGAGUGUUUGGUUUUGCGAUUGUUGCUACGUCAAUACUGAACCUUCUGAUUCCAUCAGCGGCACGUACACACUACUGGUGUGUGAUAGUUGUCAGAGUCCUCCAAGGACUGGUGGAGGGGGUGACGUACCCAGCAUGCCAUGGGAUCUGGGCCAAAUGGGCUCCGCCGCUGGAGAGAAGCCGAUUGGCUACAACAGCUUUCUGUGGCUCGUAUGCUGGAGCUGUGAUCGCCAUGCCACUGGCCGGAGUGUUAGUGCAGUACUCGGGCUGGUCCUCUGUCUUCUACGUGUAUGGUAGUUUUGGGAUCUGUUGGUAUUUGUUCUGGAUUAUGAUGUCAUAUGAAAGUCCAGCUACACAUCCAACCAUCUCUGCUGAGGAGAGGCUGUACAUCGAGGAGUCCAUCGGGGAGUCCACAAGCCUCACCAGUCAACUGACGAAGUUUAACACGCCUUGGAGACAGUUCUUCACCUCCAUGCCCGUCUACGCUAUCAUCAUUGCUAACUUCUGCCGGAGCUGGACCUUCUAUCUGCUACUGAUCAGCCAGCCUGCGUACUUCGAGGAGGUGUUCAAGUUUGAGCUCAGCAAGGUGGGCUUCAUCUCAGCACUGCCUCACCUGGUGAUGACCAUCGUAGUGCCGAUUGGGGGCCAGCUGGCUGACUACCUGCGCUCCCACAACAUCAUGAGCACCACCAGCGUCCGCAAGAUCAUGAACUGUGGGGGGUUCGGAAUGGAGGCAACGUUCCUGCUGGUGGUCGGUUUCUCCCACACUAAGGGAGUGGCCAUCUCUUUCCUCAUUCUAGCUGUGGGAUUCAGUGGCUUUGCCAUCUCAGGGUUUAAUGUGAAUCAUUUGGACAUAGCCCCACGUUAUGCCAGCAUCCUGAUGGGCAUCUCUAAUGGAGUGGGCACCUUAUCGGGCAUGGUGUGCCCUCUGAUUGUGGGCGCCAUGACUAAACAUAAGGUGUUUUUGCAUCUGGAGAGAAGCAGCCAUGGGCGGAGCCAGAGAACACCAGUGAGGAGAAGUGUGGAAUUCUGGGAGAGGACGAGCUAGCAAAUGAGACUGAAGAACUGUAUCAGAGAGGCGAUGGAGACUACGGAGCAACCAGACAAUCAUGUGACCUCGGAGGGGCAGGGACUAGAGAGGGUGGGUGGAGCUCUGACUAGGGCAGAACAGGAGUGAGAGAGAGAACAAGUGGGGGCAGUUACAUCUCUGAGAGUAAGUGCUGGGUUCAUGUAACUAAAUCAGGAACAAAACAUAGUACACUUAUAGCAAAGCACUGGUAAAUGUAAAAUAUAUACGUGUGUGUGUGUGUGUAAACCUACUGGAUGUGUUACCAGAAAUAAAACAUCUGUAUGACAGUACUGGAUGACAUCUCUUGUUCUCCGCUUAUGCAAUUUGUCUAGCACUGUGACACUGCAGUUACC